AUGUCUGGAGGCUGGAACACGAUCGAGUCGGAUGCGGGCGUCUUCACGUACCUCAUCGAGAAGCUCGGCGUUAAGGGCGUGCAGUUCGAGGACCUCCUCUCCCUCGACGCCUCGGCGCUGCAGGAACUCGGCACAGUCUACGGCGUCAUCUUCCUCUUCAAGUACCCCACGGGCGAGCGGCCGGGCGAGAAGCCAAAAGACGGCUCAUACGACCACGAGGCGGCGAACAAUCUCUUCUUUGCGGCGCAGACGAUACAGAAUGCCUGCGGCACACAGGCCUUGAUCUCGGUGCUGCUGAACAAGGAGGGCGAGGUCAACAUCGGCAAGGACCUGAAAGAGUUCAAGGAGUUCGCCGGCGAGUUUCCGCCAGAGCUGCGCGGCGAGACGCUCUCGAACUCCGACCUCAUCCGCGAAACGCACAACUCUUUCGCCAGGUCAUCCCCCUUUGUCGACGAGACACAACGCACAGCCACCGAAGACGACGACGUCUUCCACUUCAUCGCAUAUACAUCCAUAAACAACAAGCUCUACGAGCUCGACGGCCUGCAACCCGCGCCCAUCCUCCACGGGCCCUGCACCGCCGCCGACUUCCCCUCCAAAGUCGUCCCCGUCCUGCAGCGCCGCGUCGCACGCUACCCCGACGGCGAGAUCCGCUUCAACCUGAUGGCGUGCGUCAAGGACCUGCGGAUCCGGGCGCGAGAAAUCGGCGACGAGGAGGAGCUCGAGAUGCGCGAGGACCAGCGCGCGAAGUGGCUGUGGGAGAACUCGCUGCGGCGGCAUAACUUUGUCGGGUUUGUGGGCGAGCUGCUGAAGAGCGUCGUUAAAGCUAAGCUGGAGGAGGGUGGUGAUGCGUAUGAUAAGUGGGUUGAGGAGGCCAAGGGGCGGAGUAAGAAGAGGGCUGAGGAUCUGAGGAAACAGGCUGCUGGGGGGGCGUGAAUGUGUAUCUUGUGGUACUCUGCGCGCUUGCAAUGCAUGCUGUCUGUGAGCGCUGUGUGACGUCGUACCCGGAGUGGGAUGACGCCUUUGAGGUGACGUUGUACACGCCGUUUUUGCACCACAUAUCCUUCUUUUGACGCGAUCCAUGCGACUAACUAAACCACGCACCGAGCACAAGCAGGGAGAAAGAGCGAAAAAGCAGAACAUCAAUGAUUCCAUCCAAUCCACCUCACAUCAAACAAAGCAUAAACCAUAAUCAUAAUCACGAGUGCGAGUGCGAUUGUACUUGUAAUUGCUAGCGAU